GCGGAUCCGGAAGUAGGUUCCCAGUGUCUGGGUCUCGGGCGCCGAGGUGACGGGAAACAGUUGCGGCCGAGAGGGCGUGGCCCCGAAGGCGGGGGGCACUGUGAUUGGCUCGCGGCCGUGUCGCCGGCGCGGAUUGGCCUCUGCGGAUUGAGCGAGGCCCCCUUUAUUGGAAGUGAAGAGGAACUUUGAGCUGAAGACAACCCUCGUCAAGGCCUCUUCCCGACUGCCCCUUCCAGGAACCAGGCUCAAGAGGGGUCCUGACCAGAUGGAAGAUGCCUUGGAGCCUGCAAAGAAACGGACACGAGGCCUGGGUGCAGUGACCAAGAUUGAUAGAGCCCGCCCCAGAGGAGCACUCAGCACGGUGUCACAGACACAGGGCCCCGCUGCAGCUCCGAAAGGCCCUAAGAAGACAGGACUUCGAGGCUGCACUACGGUUGGUCCAGUGCUGAAGAACCAGAAACCAGCUCCUGCUGUUCCUGCCCAGAAGCCUGGCACAUCAGCUGCCCCUAUGGUGGUAGGGAAGAGGCCUGGCAAACGUCCUGCCUGGGACUUAAAGGGUCAGUUGUGCGACAUCAGUGAAGAGCUGAGACGCUAUCGGGAGAAGACUCAAAAGCUGGACCAGGAGAACCAUGGGCUUCAGGAGCAACUCAAAGAGGCCCAGGAGCAGGCUGAGGCCCUGGGGACAGAGCGGAACACCCUGAAAGGGGAGCUGGCCAGUGUACGGACCCAGGCCGAGCAGAGCCAGCAGAAACUGGACAAUCUGUGUGUCCGGGUCUUGGAGCUGGAGGAAUGUCUGGGUACCAAGGACAGGUUGAUUCAGGAGCUUCAGAGAGAACAGCUGGAGUUGCAGGAGGAACGGAAGGCACUGGCCACCCGACUGGAGGAGCAAGAGAGGAGGUUACAGGCCUCAGAAGCGGCUCUGUCAAGCAGUGAAGCAGAGUUGGCAUGUCUGCGGCAGAGAACUGCAGCCCAGGCGACCUCACUGGCUGAGCAGGCAGACCGGCUGCACGGGCUGGAGAUGGAGCGCCGUAGACUCCACAACCAGUUGCAGGAGCUGAAGGGCAACAUCCGGGUAUUCUGCCGGGUGCGCCCUGUCCUUGCAGGGGAACCCACUCCAUCCCCUGGCUUCCUCCUGUUUCCCCAUGGCCCUGCUGGACCGUCUGAUCCCCCAACCCGCCUUAGCCUCUCACGGUCUGAUGAUCGGCGUUCAACCCUGACUGGGGCACCAGCACCCACUACCCGCCAUGAUUUCUCCUUUGAUCGGGUUUUCCCACCAGGAAGCAAACAGGAAGAAGUAUUUGAGGAGAUCUCCAUGCUUGUCCAGUCAGCACUGGAUGGCUACCCUGUGUGUAUCUUUGCCUAUGGACAGACAGGCAGUGGCAAGACCUUCACUAUGGAGGGUGGGCCUGGGGGAGACCCCCAGUUGGAGGGGCUGAUCCCUCGGGCCCUGCGGCAUCUGUUCUCUGUGGCCCAGGAGAUGACUGGCCAGGGCUGGGCAUACAGUUUUGUGGCAAGUUACGUAGAAAUCUACAAUGAGACCGUCCGAGACCUGCUCGCCACUGGGGCCCGGAAGGGACAAGGGAGCGAGUGUGAGAUCCGUCGGGCAGGUCCAGGGAGUGAGGAGCUUACGGUCACCAAUGCACGCUACGUCCCUGUUUCCUGUGAGAAAGAGGUGGAGGCUCUGCUCCAGCUGGCCCGCCAGAAUCGGGCUGUGGCCCGUACUGCCCAGAAUGAGAGAUCAUCACGCAGUCACAGUGUAUUCCAGCUACAGAUUUCUGGAGAACAUGCUGCUCGGGGCUUGCAGUGUGGUGCUCCCCUCAACCUUGUGGACCUGGCUGGGAGUGAGCGGCUAGACCCUGGCUUAACCCUUGGCCCUGGGGAACGUGAUCGUCUUCGGGAAACGCAGGCCAUCAACAGCAGUCUGUCUACAUUGGGACUGGUCAUAAUGGCCCUAAGCAAUAAGGAGUCCCAUGUGCCUUACCGAAACAGCAAGCUUACCUACCUGCUGCAGAACUCGCUGGGCGGCAGUGCCAAGAUGCUCAUGUUUGUGAACAUUUCCCCUCUGGAAGAGAAUGUCUCCGAGUCUCUCAAUUCACUACGCUUUGCCUCCAAGGUGAACCAGUGUGUUAUUGGUACUGCUCAGGCUAAUAAGAAAUGAAGAUGGAGCCAGAACCUGAUUCCUGUGCAAGCGAGUGUGCAUGUGUCUGUGUAUUUUGAUGUGUAUGUUCUCAGUGGGGGUGGGGGUUGAGAAAUGCUUUUAUUGGGUGGACAUUAUGUACCUAAUUACCAAAUAAAGAAAUUCUGU